GUUCGCCGCCGUCACGCGUCAUGGUGACCUCCCUUCUAAGGGUCAUCAACUAGCCUCCUACUUACGAUCUCAGCUCUUCAUUCUCUUGCUUUGAAGCCUAGAAUGUGUUCUUUAAUUCGUUCUUUCCUUGCACUGUCGUAGGGAAUCGAUAUCGCCCCGGAAUUUUGUCAGGGAAACCACAAAUUCGCGAAACAGCUGAGGAUGGAUUUUCACGCAUAUUUGAGUGGCGUAUGGAUGUCGCAGGAGAUGUUGAAAGGCGAUCGGGAGGGCGUUAUUAACGGGUUCCGCGAGUUGAAUUCCGAUGUGGGUACGAAAAUGUCGGAUAUAGGCUCUGACACACAACUCAGAACCAGAGCAGGAACUGGUUUAGCUAGAUGGAACUCGCCAUACACAGUUCGGACCAAACUUCCACAUAGCGGCCAUGAUCCUUAAGCUUCAUUCUUUGCUCAACAGGGAGUUGCCCUAUUUGCUUUGUCGACCUCACCCUUCUUCUGCACGUCCUUCCUACUAUGCUAGCUCUUGCGCGCUGUAACGACGACCGGAAUCACAAGGAAGUUGAAGCUGUCCUAGCCGCGAAAUUAGGCCAUUGUGGUUCUACGCUACUUUUGCUUCAAUCUGUUGCCCACAUCUAUUCCCAGUACUAUCAGGGUUCAGGAAUUUUGGCGUUCCAGUCUACCUGACCAUACGUCGGCGGGCACGGAAACUGUAUAGAAACGUGUGUUGUUCUCGCUUCGUAUUGGCAGUUAAACACACUGGUCCGAAGAAAAUCUUGGGGUAAAUAAUGAUAGGAGCUUCGCAAUUCAUAGGGCGGCUCCAGCGCGUCCGAACACCAAACUUUGUUGUUCUUGAUCGGUUAAGGUCGUGACAGCUGGAACUCUCGACGACACAAGGCUGCCAAAUCCUGAACUAGACACCACAACGCAUUUCCCCUUAUAAGUUGCAAGAUGGAUUCCCAGUAUACUUGGAGUUCCCUUCCUAGCUUUUGGUCAUGCAUCUCGGGUUGUGGGCUGUCGCCUUACAGGCAUCCAUCGUCCUCGCGGCUUCUCUUGCAGGGCCAACAGUCAAGCUAGACUCCGCCACGGUCACUGGCACAUCAUCCGGAAGCGUCUCGAGAUUCUUAGGGAUUCCUUUCGCCAAACCACCAACCGGGGACAGGCGAUUCCGUCUUCCUGAAUCAAUCGACCCAUAUUCGACUUCCUUCAGUGCGACGUCUAUGGGUCCAGCCUGUCCUCAGCAAGCAGUGAAACUCCCCGAUCUCACUGGACUUCCUGCCGAUGCGGCUAACUUCGUCGUGAACUCGAUAUAUGGGAUUAUUUUCCCAGAUGAUGAAGAUUGUCUGACUAUCAAUAUCAUCAAACCUGCUGAUGCAACUCCCACCUCAAAUCUUCCGGUUGUUGCGGUACGCUUAUUCUUGCUCCUUGAACUCGGCGCUGUUAAGUUGAUGUUCACUUGUUUCAGUGGAUAUUUGGUGGUAAGUGACUUCUGCAUUGCUUCUUUUCUCUGAUGCUCUCUAAGUUUUUGAAUUUAGGUGGAUUUGAGGUGGGAUCUCCUCAGAUGUAUGAUGGCGCGGUCAUUGUAGAGCGCUCAAUUGCACUCGGUCAACCGGUCAUAUAUGUUUCAAUGAAUUACCGGCUUACUGCUUUCGGUUUCUUGGCUGGUAAAGAGGUGAAGGCAGCAGGAGUCGGUAAUUUAGGGCUCCACGAUCAGCGUGAGGCACUCAGAUGGAUCCAAAAGUACAUUAGCCCUUUCGGUGGUGAUCCCACGAAAGUUACCAUCUGGGGUGAAUCCGCCGGAGCCAUGUCCGUCUCCCUUCAGAUGCUUGCUGAUGGAGGAGAUACCAAGGGACUCUUCCGCGCUGCCUUUAUGCAAUCGGGCUCUCCCCCCCCAGUUGGAGAUAUCACAGACGGCCAAAAAUACUACGACGCACUUGUUCAGGGGACCGGAUGUGCAGGGUCUUCAGACACACUCGCCUGCUUACGGACAGUCCCGUACAAGAGACUUAAGGCUGCCAUUAACGACUCCCCCCAUAUUCUCUCCUACCAGUCAUUGAAUCUGGCAUGGCUACCUCGAGCCGAUGGCGUUUUCCUUUCCGACACUCCGCAGAAGCUGGUUCAACAAGGAAAGGUCGCUCAGAUCCCCAUUGUUAGCAGUGAUUGUGAAGACGAAGGAACCCUCUUCUCCCUCUCGAUCCUUAACGUGACAGACGAAGGCCAAAUUCGUACAUACCUGAAGACGAAUUUUUUUCCUACCAUUUCAGACGCCGAUCUGGAUACCCUGCUGCAGGCAUAUCCACAGGAUCUUACUCAGGGCUCACCUUACGACACGGGAUUUUUGAACGCUUUGAGUCCCCAAUUCAAGAGAUUCGCGUCUUUCCAGGGUGAUGCGUUGUUCCAAGCACCCAGAAGAUUCUUCCUAAGUGCCCGCAGUGGAAAACAGAAAAUGUGGUCGUACUUGAGCAAGCGAGGCAAAGUCUUGCCAUUCUUGGGUGCUGCUCAAGGAUCCGACCUACUGAACAUAUACGGCGGAGGCGAGCUGACGGACUACCUUAUCCGUUUCGCUACCAACUUAAACCCUAAUGGUCCUGGAUCGACCUCGUGGCCGGAGUAUACUAACUUGUCUCCGUCUCUUUUGACGCUCACGGACAGCGCCCUUGUCCCGAUAGUAAUUACGCAGGACACGUAUAGAAUGAAAGGGAUGUCUACAGUUACGAACAUCAUGCUGGCAAAUCCACUUGGCAUUCCUCCGAACGUUUAAUUAAAGAACGAGUUUUCAUAGUUCUGUUACCACUCAUUAUGACUCGUGUCUGUUGUUGAUAAAUUUCGGAUGUUCCUCCCUCUACUAGUGACUGUUCGUCCCGUUCGUUUGUGGAAAUUUUAUAUGGCUUCAUUA